AUGGACAAUUCAACUCUACACAAAGCCAUCAUCUCCUCGUUUCUUGCCAACCAACGUCCCCCAACGGUCAACGAGAUCGCCACUCAAUUUCAAUGCAUACUACACCCACAUUCCGACGAGGUCUGGGUUGCCCACCCGUUUUCAGCAGCGCCCACGACCUGCAUCGUCACAUCAGGCGAGCGCAAGUGGUGGGGCAACUGCGCUUGGUGCUCUCUUGGAGUCAUGAAGCUAGCAGGAGGCACUGCGACUCUCACGACGAGACUCGGCGCUAUCGGCGACGAAGUGACCCUUACCGUCGAAGAUGGAAAGCUGUUGGACAAGGACUACGUUGUACACUUUCCAGUCCCGAUGCGAAACGCCUGGGAUAACGUCAUAUAUACCUGCUCGGUCCAGUUACUGUUCCGCGACGAAACUGAGGUUGACGAGUGGUGUUCCACCAGGGGAAUCCCCAAGGGCGAUGUGCGGCCAGUUGAGCAGAUUUGGGGUUUUGCUACAGAAUGGUACGGACGCCACGCCGACGCCGACUGGACGAAGUGGUCAUUGAACGACGCGGUAGAAAUCUUUCGCCGUCAUGACCUGACUGGCCCAACUUGGACGAUUGGGGGCAACGCAGGGCGCUUUUAG